CCCACCAAACUUCUCAGACUACCAAACUUCUCAGACUUCAAGGUAGCACAUGGAACCGAAGUUUCCUUCUUCAAGGUAAUUGUUGUGCAGACAUUUCUCUACAAAAAGAGCAACGCUGCGUCAAUGACACUCACACAAGACAAUCAUCUACACAAGUUUGCAGCUUUUGGUACAUGAAAAGCAUCAGAAUGGUUUUGACAUGAACUGGGUGCAAAACCAUUUCUGGGCAGCGAUGAUGUUUGGCAUGGGAGAAAAUCUGGGUAUUUUGAGAUCAUUCUUUUCCUGGGUACACAAGGAAUUUCGUACGAAAACAAGGGUAUUUUGAGGUGAUUUUUCUUCUUGGUAUUGGUGGGUGAUUUGCAUCAGAGAGAAUCCGGGGUUUUUGUGAGUUGAUUCUUGUUUUUCUGGGUAUUGCUAAAUCAAGAACUAUGAUGUUGGAUGUGGUCGUCUCGGUGAUCUUAUUCAUUAUAGCUAUUGCGGUUUUGGUGACAAUUCAUCUCUGUAUAGUUGGGAGGGCAUUCAGGAGGGGCGCUUUCGACGUUAAUGCUACUACUAAUGUUGUUCAAAGGGGUGGCAGCAGAAAUCCAAACAUGUCCUUCGACGACAUCAAAAGACUGCCUUCUUUCGAUUACAAGGUGGGGGAAGACAGAGGAAAGGUCAUUAUUCCUGUGGACUGUGCUGUUUGCUUGGAGAAUUUCAAGGUGGGGGAAACGUGCAGGCUGCUGCCUAACUGCAACCACAGUUUUCAUGCUCAGUGUAUCGAUUCAUGGCUGUCGAAAACAGCCGUUUGUCCGGUUUGUCGAGCCGAUGCAAAUUUAGCAAACGUUGGGCAGCAAAGUAGGAAUUCAAGUGAUCAAGUGGGAGUUGAAUUGGUAUAGGGAGAUGAUGGUAGUUUCUUGGGAGUGUGGCAAAAAAUUGAUUCAGACUUUGUUGUCCUAGCUAGAAGCAGGUAAAAGAUGCUCCUUUAGUUUCUUUGUUUUUUUUCCUUUGCCUCUUUUGACAAACAGAGAGAAUAUUUACAUUUUUUUUUUGGUGCUGGUUUUGCUUGGUAUAAAUCAGAGCAAAGCAACACUUAGAGGAUCUUGUAUAUGUCAUUACAUAUAAUGAUAUUCUGACCUGUACUAAUCUGAUAUGAAUGAAACUUGUCUCUUUCGAGUGUUCUUUUUU